GACCUGUCCGACUCGACGGGCUCCGCGAUCCGGGUGAGCGGGGCGCACACCUCCCCGCGCAUCGCGCGCUGCUCCGUGCACGGAUGCCACGACGCCGGCGUCGUCUUCCAGGACUCGGCUGACGGAUGCCUCUCCGGCAGCCACCUCUACGCCAACUGCUCCGUUGCCGUCGAGGUGCACUCGCAGGCGGACCCUGUCAUCGAGGACAACAGCAUCUGCGACGGCCAGCAGGGAGGCAUCUUCGUGCACGGCGGCGGCCGAGGCCACGUCCGCCGCAACAAAAUCUUCCAGAAUGCGCUGGAGGGCGUGGAGGUCGGGCAAGGGGGCAGCCCCCUGGUGGAGGACAACGACAUCUACGACAACCUCGAGUGCGGCGUGUUCAUCCACGACGGCGGCGAGGGGAGGGUCAUCGGCAACCGCAUCCACUCGAACGCCUUCGCUGGCAUCGAGAUCAAGGACGCCUCUCCCCCGGAGGUCCGCGACAACGACGUGUACGGCGGCCGCACGUCGGGCGUCUACGUCCACGGCGGAGGCAGCGGCACCAUCGAGGGCAACCGCAUCCACCAGAACGUGAUGCACGGCGUCUACGUGCGCGAUCGGGGAUGUCCUCACCUCUUCAAG